AUGAUUGCGAUCAUCCAGAAUAUCCCGAGAUCGAAACAACCGCCAAACCUCUUCUUACUACAACUACUACAGAGGUACCGACAACCACUCUUAUUCCUACUACUACUGCAGCUCCAACGCACUGCACCUACCGCAAUGAAAUAUAUUAUGAUGGUGCUUUGGUCAAGAAGGACAUUACCAUGCGAAAAGUGUUAUUGCAUGAGAGGCGAUAUUGUCUGUGCCGUUCAAGAAUGUGGACCAACUCCUUUGGAUAAAGUAAAAUGUAGAGCUCUUCCACGAAAAGAAGGCCACUGUUGUCCCGAUACUUACGACUGCAAUAUGAUUUCAGAAGAGGAUCUAACAACUAUAUCGUCCUAUGAGGUUACUACAACACAGCCUUCAAUUGUAACACCAGAAUCACAAACAAGUAAACCCGAAGAAAUCGUUACUCCCGACCUUAAGGACAGAGGAGAAUUCAGUACAGAUGCUGCAGAAACGAAACCGGAAACUACUACCGAAAGAUUGACCUCUGUAGUGACAGAAGUAGUAACUGAAAUUGCACAAACAAUAUCUUCUUUAGUAUUCGGUAAUACUGAAGAACCAAAGAAAACAGAUAAAUCAGAGGAGCCUACCACAGAAAUUUCGGAAGAACCUACAAAACAACCGGAAAUUCAUGAAACCCCAACUGAGAAGAAACAAGAAGAUACUGAAGCUCCAAUAGAGAAAGUAACAGAACCUGCUCAACAUGAAACGAUUGCUCAUGACGAAACUGAAGAACCAGAAGAACCAGAAGACCACCACACUUCGACCGUUGCCAGUAAAGACUCAUCUACAUCAUUACCCUCAGGCUUUGAAGACGAACGAACAAGACCAAUAGACAAGGAAGGAGAAACCAGAAAACCAACAACACAAGAACCAUCCAAAGAAGGCGAAGAAAGCACUACAAAAUUACCUAAAGAUACUACUGAAAGUGAAACAGAUAAAGGCACUUACGCUGAUAUAACUCCUCAAGAAACAACCGUUGUUAAAGAAGAGGUAACAACACAACGAGUAGCUAUUUCCGAAGGAACAACUAUCCGGCAGACUGCUGAAACUACCAAACUUCCUGAAGAAGAACCAAUAACGACAGUAAAGGCCAAAGAAACAGAAUUGCCCACAUCUGAAACCACUGAAGGACCUAAAGAGUCCCAAGAGCCUAGUGAUGUUACUAGUGAGCAACCUUUAGAAACAAAAGAACCAUUGGAAACGACAUAUAAACAGGAAGGUACAAAAGAUACUUCUGCUCCCGUAGAAGUUACUAGUGAAUCAUCCAAACCAGAAGAUUCCCGAACAGAAAGUUCCAAAUCAGAUGUUACAACUGAAUCAGAAACUCCUAAAGCCACUGACGCUGUUAAAUUAGAUACAACAACAGAAUCACUUCCAACAGAGCAACCAGGAGUUACUAGAUUACAACCAAUAGAAACACAACCUCCACAGAAAGAAUCUACGACUGAAGAAACCCACCAAACAACUGAGAAAGCUCAAGAAACUACUGAGAAGGUUCAAGAAGCAACACAAAAGGCGCAAGACUUAACUGAAAAUACUCAAGCACCGUCUGAAAAAGCUCAAGAAACACAAUCUCCUAGAGAUGUAACUACGGAACCCAUUACAUCUGUAACACAAUCUGAAGUAGCAGAUGAAACAAGCGAAGAACCCAAAAACACACCGCCUACAGAGGAGCAAGUACCUACUGAAUCAGCUAUCACUACGAAGUUGCCUGAAGAAACACCAGCGCCCAAUAGAGAUAUAACUAGUGAACAAACAACAGAAACAAAAUCUCAAGCAACAGAAACGCAACCAUCCGAACCUGAUGCAACUACUGAAACAUCUUUAGAAACACAAACUAUUACAGAAAAAGUUGAACCAGUAGAAACAUUACCUCCAAAGGCAACAACAGAACGAAUUCAAGAAACAGAAGCCACUAAAGCCUCGCCGACAGAAGUAUCUGACGAUACGGAACCCACUAAUUUGCCACCUAUAGAAGUCUCUCAAGAUACAGACCGUCCUACAGAAUUGGCUACAGAAAAGUCUGAAGAAACUAAAGCUCCCAAGGUAUCUUCUACAGAAGAACCUGAAGGAACAGAACCAUCUAAAGCCCCAUCUACAGACCAAACUCAAGAAACAGAAUCACCUAAUGAACAACCUAUCGAAACACAACCUCCUAAGAUUCUACCUACAGAAGAACCUAAUAAGGCAGAAUCAGACGAGCCUAAAAAAGAAUCAUCUACAGAAGACGCUAAAGAAACGGAACCUUCGAAGGUUACAUCUACAGAAGUUCCUAAAGAAACUAAACCAACAACUGAAACACCUACCACGAAAGCUGCUGAAUUGACAACAAUAGAAGAAAUGGAGAUAGUCACAAGUGCUCCAUUAAACGAAACUGAAAAACCACUUUCAAUGGAUCACAAAUCUGAAACAAUACUACCAACUAAAGAGCAAGCCGCAGAAGCCACAAAACCAGCGGAAACUGUAACAGAAGGUCUACCUGUUCAAACAACUGAACCUCCUAAGGUGGAGGUCCCAACAACACAAGAAACAGUAAAGGAAUCUAAUGAAAUACCGGAAGCUGUAUGUACCAAAGAAACAUGUGGCACACAAGACCAAGCUCCUUCAAGUACGGAAAAACCCACGCCAGUUGAAAAAGACCAUACUGAAUCUAACCAAAUACCUGAGGGUCCAUUAAAAGAAACAACUGAAACAGAAACGCAGAAGCCUUUAGAUAUUACAGACAAAACACCAACCAUAUCAGAAACUGAAGGUCCAACCGUUGGUACCACUACAGAAGCUGAAGUUCAAACAACAGAACCAAAAGUUAAGCAAACUGUACCAGCAGAAAGUUCAACUCAUGAAGCUACAACGCCCAAAGACAUUUCAGAAAGUUCGACAGAAGUUAAGUUGCCAGAGAUUACAACAGAAACUCAAGCAGAAACUACAUCACAUGAUAUUAGAGAGAAUGAAAUCAUUCCUUCGGUAACAACUGAAAAACAACCGCAAGAGACAGAAUCUACCGAAAGCCAAACUUCAGAGGAUAGCGCUACCAAAUCAACUCAGGAACCGAUUGGAGAAACUAAACAGCCUGAGUCUGUUACAACUUCGGAAGAAAUAACCACAAAACAAGCACCUGUUGUUCCCUCAGACCAAACAAAAUCAGCAGAAGUAACUACAUAUUCAACAACAAGGCCAGAAAGCUCCAGUGAUGCAACUUCAGAGCCCAUAACUGUUAUUCCAUCGAAACAACCUGAAACUGCAACCCAACACGAUGCAACUCCAGAUGCCACUGCCACAGAAAUUCCAGAAGAACUAGAAGUAACUACAAUUGAAGAAAGAGUUCAUGGUAUUCCUGGAGAGGGUAGCUGUCUGGUAGAAGGACGAACAUACAACAACAACUCCAAUGUGCCUCCGUUUAAUCACUGCCAAGUUGCCUGUAAGUGUGUUAGCUCCAUCCUCAAAUGUUCCCAUGUUCCAUGUCCAGAUCCACCGAAGGAUUGUGUUACUGUAGUUCCAAGACCAGAAAAUAGCUGCUGCCCUGUAUACCAAUGCAGUAAGUAUCAUAUUUUAAGCUUAAAACAAGCUAGUUUGGAAAAAAUUUUAUUUAUUAUUGAUUUUUACUUUACAGGUACUACUACGUCAGAUAGUGGAAUGGAAUCAAGCAGUCAAGUAAUUGAAACAACUACACCCAUUCUAGAAGAAUCUGUAACUACAGCCGCCAAAUCUAGUGGAUCGCCAGAGGGCGAAACUAAAUCGCCAGAAUCAGUGACCACAGUCAGUACUUCAAGUUCAGAAGACACAGAGAAAUCAACAACAGUAGCUUCCUUCACUAAUCAGCAUGAUGUAACUGAGAAUGAAAUUACAGAACCCGUUAUUAAAGUAGAAAGCUGUUCGGGAGAAGCCUGUGAACCAUCCAAACCAAGCGAAUCGACUUCACCUGCUGAACAAGUAACUGAGGCACAAAAAGAAGGUGAAAGCUGUACAGGAGAGGAAUGUGUUCCAUCAAAGACACAUGACUCGACUGAACCUGUUGAACAAACUACACAAACACAAAAAGAAGGACAAAGUUGUACUGAAGAAGAAGGAUGCGCUCCACCUAAAUCAAGCGAGUCUACACCCCCAGUUGAGCAAGUAACUGAAACUCAAAAAGAAGGUGAAGUCUGUACAGAUGAAGGAUGUGCUCCAUCGAAAUCAAGCGAGCCUACACCAACAGUUCAACAAGUAACUGAAAGUCAACAAGAAGGAGAAAGUUGUACCGAAGAAGGAUGUGCUCCAUCUAAAUCCAGUCAGACUACACCGCCCACUGAACAGGUAACUGAAACACAAAAAGAAGGAGAAAGUUGUACGGAAGAAGGUUGUACUCCAUCUAAACCUAGUGAGACUGUAGCACCAGUUGAACAGGUAACUGAAACUCAAAAAGAAGGAGAAAUUUGUACUGAAGAAGGAUGUGCUCCAUCUAAACCUAGUGAGACUUUAGCACCUGUUGAACAGGUAACUGAAGCACAAAAAGAAGGAGAAAGUUGUACUGAAGAAGGAUGUGCUCCAUCUAAAUCUAGUGAGACUGUACCACCCGUUGAACAGGUAACUGAGGCACAAAAAGGAGGAGAAAGUUGUACCGAAGAAGGAUGUACUCCAUCUAAAUCUAGUGAGACUGUACCACCCGUUGAACAGGUAACUGAAGCACAAAAAGAAGGAGAAAGUUGCACCGAAGAAGGAUGUACUCCAUCUAAAUCUAGUGAGACUGUACCACCCGUUGAACAGGUAACUGAAACACAAAAAGAAGGAGAAAGUUGUACUGAAGAAGGAUGUGCUCCAUCUAAAUCUAGUGAGACUGUACCACCCGUUGAACAGGUAACUGAAGCACAAAAAGAAGAAGAAAGUUGUACAGAAGAAGGAUGCGCUCCAUCUAAAUCUAGUGAAUCUGUACCACCUGUAGAACAAUCAACUGAAGUACAAGAUGGCGAGAUUACUACUGUAAAACAAACAGAGUCUUCUACAAUAAAAUCCGAAGGACAGAAUGAUGUAAGUACAGAAGGACAAGAAACCCCUACGGCACAUAUCCCGGUAGACAGAGUUCAAGAAGUAACUACAGAAAAAGCAACAGAAGUUACUACAGAAAUUCGAAUUACUCCCAGCACAGAAUCGACUAAACCAGAAGAAAUUACUACCAAAACUGAAGAUAAUAAAACUGAAACCGAUGUAAUCACUCCUCUAGUUGGUUCCACAGAAGAAUCAAUACAUAUUACAACAGACAAAAAUGUUGAAACGACAAGUAAAUCAACAGAAAUUACAGAUGUUCCUGUUACCACUAAUAUUUUACCAGGAGAAAGUUCUAAAGAUACAAUAGAACCAACUAAGGAGCUACCAACUGACAAACCAGAAGAAUCUAAACCAUCAGAUACAACUGCGUCUGAACAAUUACCUACUAAAGCUCCAGAAGAAAAAUUAGUUACUGAUGAAACUCCUAAAGAAACAGAAUCCUCUCAAAAACCUAAAGAGACGGAACCUCCAACUGAAAGUACUGUUAAAUUAACUGAAACUGAAAGACCUGCAGUUUCUUCAAAUGAACCAUCUAAGGAGGUGACACCCUCUUCUGAACAGGAAACUGAGAAACCGACGACAGAACCUUCAUCAGAUUACACAAUGACAGAAACAAUUGAAUCGGAACGUCCAUUGGAUUCAGGAGCACAUAUUACCGAAAUUACAUCUUCAACAUCUACUGAACAAAGUUCCAAACCAUCAAUAGAAACUGAAGCGCCAAGCGACCAACAUAAAACUGAAGCUACAACGUUAUCCAUGAAACUAAAUGAACCAGUCGAAUCUACAACCACAAUUAGAAACGAAAUUGCAGUUACACAAAAAGACGAAGGCGCAGAAGAUACAACAAUUAACGCAGUUACACAAUCUCAACCCGUAUCGGGAGCAACCGAAGGAAGACCUACAGAAAAAGUAACAACAACCAAUGUAUCAGAGACAAAAGCUGAAGUGACAACAGUAGGCAGUGACAAAGAAGAACCAGUUACAGUGACCAAAGAAGAAACUACAGUUUCCAGUACGAAAUAUCAAUCAGAGAAUACAGAAGAGGCAACAACGAUAGGUUCCAACAAACUGGAAGAAGAUAAGAAGGAAGAACCAACGACAGUAGACACUACUAAAUUGGAAGAAGAUAAAAAAGAAGAACCGACGACAAUAGGUACUACAAAAUUAGAAGAAGAUAAAAAGGAAGAACCAACGACAAUAGGUACUACAAAAUUGGAAGAAGAUAAGAAGGAAGAACCAACGACAAUAGGUACCACAAAAUUGGAAGAAGGUAAGGAGGAAGAACCAACGACAAUAGGUACUACAAAAUUGAGUGAAGAUAACAAAGAACAAUCUACGACGAUAGGUACUACAAAACUAGAAGAAGAUAAGAAAGAGGAAGCUACAACGAUAGGUACUACACGAUUGGAAGAAGAUAAGAAAGAAGAACCGUCCACGAUAGGUACUACAAAACUUCAGGAUGAUAAUAACGAAGAACCAACAACAAUUAGUAGUACAAGAGAAGAAUCAGAUGUAACAACAGGAGCUUCAGCACAAACUGAAAAAUCGGCUACAUCACCUACAAAACCAUCUGAAACCUCAACCGAAGUAUCAAAAGAGGCUGAGUCAACCACGAGUAGAUUAGAAGACGAAUCUACCACUAGACCUACUACCAAACCGUUGGAGACGACAGUUAGUCAGCAAAUUACAGAACAGGUUGGCAUAACGGAAGCAACUAUCAAACCAACAGAACUCCCAAGCGAUGAUUCUGUUACAGACGAAAAAGUUUCUGAACCUGUUCAAACCACAGCCACUGAGCCAGAAACUGCAACAGAAGAAAAGGUGCCAUUAACUGAAUCUUCAAGUCAGUCACCGGUUACAGAACAAAAAACAAAUGAACCUGAAAGUACUACACCUGAAUUACGUGUACCAGUAACCGAACACUCAAGUCAACCAUCGAUUACAGAACAAAAGACACAAGAAUCUGAAGGUACAACACGACCAACAGUUUCUGAAGAGCAACCAAUAGAAGUGGAGCCAACAGUAGAAGGCAAGCCUGCUGAAGCAGAACAGACAACAACGGAAGGAAAAAUUGAGACAACUAGUAAAGCAGUUACCGAACCAGAAACGUCGAAUGCUUCUACCGAGAGCGAACCAGUCACAGUACAUGUUGACGACAGACUGAAACCAGAAGUAUCGAAUGCCUCUACAGAGAGCGAACCAAUUAGUACAACGUCCCCUGUUGAAGUGAAACCGGAAACCGAAGCUCCACAAAUUUCAUCGUCUAAAGAUGAAAUAUUCACGUCCCCUCACAUUAGCACCGAAAGUCCAAAGAAUGAAUCAUCGGAAUUAUUUACGUCUGGACCUCAUCAAGAGGCCACAACAAGAAUAUACCCCGUCGAUGGUGAGCUCUCCACGUCACAUCCACUGUCUCCGCUUUCAACAACCGAACAUCCAACAACUCUGGUACCCACACAUGCCAAUAUUCCUGGUGAACACGAACACGUACCUGACCUACCGGAUUAUCACUCUCCUGGAGAAGAUUACGACGAUGAAGAACCAAGUCCCUUGGGUCCAGGAACCUGCCGAUACGGCGGAAAAGUAUUCGUAUCAGCCCAACAAAUUCCAAGAGAUGAUCCUUGUGAUUUCUGCUUCUGCUUCAGAAGCGAUAUUAUUUGUCUUCAGCAGAGUUGUCCUCCUCCUAUUCCCAACUGCCACGAAGAACCAAUCAGAGGUUUCUGUUGUCCAAGAUACGAAUGUCCUGUUGCGAUGGCAACUGCUCUGAACUUUACAACGACGACCACCACAACGACGACGACGCUGCCGCCACACUUCUUGGCGCACGCGUACCGGGGUAGAGCUACGAAAGUAGGAUGCCAAAUCAAAGGGCAGGCGUAUAAUGUAGGAGACUUCAUUAGAUCUGCUUCAGGGCCAUGCAUGCACUGCACAUGUGGUGGAGAUGGCCAAAUGCAAUGUGAUCCAAAACAAUGUAGUCCAGAACCAAUGUUAAGGCAAAUGAUCCAAGCAGUGUCGAAGAGGAGGAGAUGAGCUGCUAUUUUAUAACUAGUGACAAUGCCAGAGAACUGUGCAAAGUGAUACAGACAUUUUUAUACAAAUUGACGAACUAGUGUCGAAGAACUUUUUUACAAAAGAAUAAUAUAAACAAGCAUUCUCGGGUGCCAAAAAUACAGACGUUAAUUAGGUAGCGUGCCUUUUUUUAUAAAAGAAGAAAAUGUCUUUGCGUAUUGGUGCAAUAGAGUAAAAACAGAUAUUUACGAGAAAACUGUGACCAAAGUCCUUAUGUAUUAUUUCAGAACCAUACAACAGCUCAAUUUACAUAUUUAAUCUUUGUAGACCUUAUCUCGGAUUAAUUUAAUGCCCAAAGCCAACCAAGCAAUACAUACACUAUUUAUUUUGUGAUAUUUUGAACUUAAAUUUCUUUUUUUCGGAUUGUAACCUUACAUAAUCUUUCUUUUUAAUAUAAGCACCAAAUAAACUCUCUAGAAAUAAAGAAACUGCUCCUAAGUUUCUUUUUUUGAGUUUCUAACCUCACAUAACCUGUCUUUUUAAUUUAAGCCCAAAGCAAACUAGGAAUGACUUCUGUAUCUGGAGUUAAUCUGAAAUAAACGUACAUAAAGAUACCUGUUACCUGAUCAAGUUAUUAUUAGAUAGGUAUAUCUUCUUCAUUAGGACUAACUGGUCACUAUUAUUACAAAUAGACUGUUUUUACUUUACAUCAUAAAUGUAUACUCGAUUAUGUAGAAUAUUUGUAGGUCAGAUUUCAGAAAACCUCUUGGAAGGGUGAAUACUAUUAAUACUACAUAUUCUUUUUUUUUAAAUACAUUAAAAACUUAUUCAGUAAUCAUAUAUUUAAUAAAAGCUUCUCAUAUUUGAAUUAAACAGCUUAAACUGUUGUGUCGAGUUUUUAUAUGAUAACAACCAUCCGUUUGUUUUCAAUUUGAUCUUUUACGAACAUAUUCAAGUCAAUUUUGUAAUAAAAAUUAAAAAAAUGAGGAAUCUUAGUAAGAAAAAACAUUUUAACAAAGAGUUCUACAAGAUAAUGUUCUGUAACUAUUACUUACCCAUAUAAGAAAAUAACUGCAAUGAAAAACUGGGCAUUUCCUGGAAUCUGACCUCAUGUAGUGAACAUGACUGACGAAAUUUUUACACUUUUGUAUUUAUACAAGUUUUUGGAGUGUCGUUUUUUUAUUUUAUUUUUGAAAAAAAGCCAUUUCUUGUAACACGCCGGCUCUUUUAAUAUUUAUAUAGUGUUAUUUGUGUUGCGUAUCCCCAAUCGGUCUCAGUUGUUUGACUAGCAGAAAUAUUGUUUUGUUUCGUGUUUUUUUUUUUGUGUAGUUAGGUGAAUAUUGGAAAACCCCCUUUUCUGCUACUUGAACGCUUAGACUACUUCUUGUAUAUUUAUGGAUGCUCAAUAUUAUAAGUAUAAGUAGAUUAUGUAGUAUUUAUCAAUAAUAAUGAAUAAAUUGUGUAAAGAAUAUG